CCCCCCAGCCCUCGGUGCUGCCCCACGGGCGUCCCGCACCAUGGCGCUGUCCUGGAGGAGCUGGCUGGCCAACGAGGGGAGCAAGCACCUCUUUCUGUUUUUCUGGCUCUCCCUCAAUGUAUGGCUCUUCUGGAAAACCUUCCUGCUCUAUUAUCAAGGGCUACAGUAUUAUUAUUUGUAUCAGAUGUUAGGGCUAGGAUUGUGUGUUAGCAGAGCUUCAGCAUCUGUCCUCAAUCUCAACUGCUGCCUGGUCCUUCUACCAAUGUGCCGCGUUAUCUUGGCCUUCCUGCGAGGAUCUCAGAAGGUUGCCAGCAAGAAAACCAGAAGGCUGCUAGACAAAAGUAAAACUUUCCAUGUGACAUGUGGUGUUACAAUAUGCAUCUUUUCAGUCUUACAUGUUGCUGCUCAUCUGGUGAAUGCUCUUAACUUCUCUGAGAACUACAAUGAAGAAUUUCUGGCCCUAAAUGCAGCAAACUAUCGUGGUGAGGACCCAAGGAAACUACUUUUUGCAACUGUUCCAGGUCUGACUGGAGUCAUUAUGGUGUUAGUAUUAUUCCUAAUGUGUACAGCUUCCACGUUUGCCAUCAGGGUUUCAAACUAUGACAUCUUCUGGUAUACACACAACCUUUUCUUUGUCUUCUAUAUGCUGCUGAUGCUGCACGUUUCUGGGGGAGUGCUCAAGUACCAGACGAACUUAGAGGAACACCCUCCUGGUUGCUUUAAUCCUAACAAAACGCUCCGACAGAAUCUGACUGUGCCAAAGGCUUUUGAAGAGCUGUUUCCUGAUUAUGCUACUGAGCCUUUCCCAGAGGACUUCCCAGUACCAGAACCCUUUGUACAAAAUCACUUUAUGAGAAUUUGUUCCGAGGAACCCAAGUUCCAGUCACACUUCCCAGAGACCUGGUUUUGGAUUUCUGGACCCCUGUGCUUGUACUGUGUGGAAAGGCUGUACCGCUACAUCCGCAGCAAUAAACCAGUCACAAUAACUUCGGUAAUAAACCAUCCCUCCAAUGUCCUUGAAGUGAGGAUGAUGAAAGACGACUUUGAAGCAAGGCCUGGUCAGUAUGUCAUUCUACACUGUCCAAGAGUGUCUGCCCUGGAAAGCCAUCCAUUCACCCUUACAAUGUGCCCUACAGAUACCAAAGCAACGUUUGGGGUCCACGUAAAAAUAGUAGGAGACUGGACAGAAAGAUUUCGGGAUUUACUGCUUCUACAUUCAAAUCAAGAUACAGAGAUUCUGCCCAUCUUUCAGCAGAGACGCUAUCCCAAACUGUAUGUGGAUGGACCUUUUGGAAGUCCCUUUGAGGAAGCCCUGAACUACGAGGUCAGUCUCUGCGUGGCUGGAGGUAUUGGAGUUACACCAUUUGCAUCAGUACUCAACACACUGCUGGACGGCUGGAAAUGCUACAAGCUCAGAAGACUCUACUUUAUUUGGGUGUGCAGGGACAUUGAAUCUUUUCGCUGGUUUGCAGAUCUGCUCUGUAUGUUGCAUAACAAGCUUUGGCAGGAGAAUCGGCCAGACUAUAUUAAUAUCCAGCUGUACCUCAGUCAAACAGAUGGAAUACAGAAAAUAAUUGGUGAAAAAUAUCAAGCUUUAAACUCCAGGCUUUUGAUUGGACGACCCCAGUGGAAACUCCUGUUUGAUGACAUAGCAAAGUGUAACAGACGGAAGACCAUUGGAGUUUUCUGUUGUGGACCAAACAAAAUCUCUAAGAUACUUCAUAAACUGAGCAACAGCAGCAACUCUUAUGGGACAAGGUUUGAGUACAAUAAAGAAUCCUUCAGCUGAAAGUCUGUUGGACUAGCAAGACUCUCCGGAAGAUAAAAGUGCAAUUUUUUAUUUUGUACAACUUAGAAGUUCAUCUGUGGUUUAAACAGAUAGAAAUGUACCAAAGUGUAGCACAGAUGUUUUUAUUUAUGAUUAUUUAAGACUGUGAAUGCAGCAGUAUACCAACAAAUAAUCAGUGCUUAUACUCAAAUGCGCUCACGCAAUAUUUGUGGCAGGAGUGAUCUUUGGAGUUGCUUCUGUUAAUUAAAAAGUACAGAAGCUGGGGAGAGACAUAAUUGUUUUGAAAGCUGACGGGAGGAAGAAUCUGUGGAACGUUUAAACUUCUUCCACUUCAAACUUCUUCCACUUCAGUCCUCUGAAGCUGGAUCAGUAAACCAAAUCCCAGGUUUAUCCAAAUGACAAAACAUAGUGUAUUAUAAAGACUCUUGCUUUUGUUGGUAUUAAAAUCUCAUGGCUUUGGGGUGAAAACACUCCAUAUUAAAGAUUUUAUUAUACAUUGCAGAACUGGGAUUCUAUAUUUAAAAUAUAGAGUGUUACUCUCACUAGUCUACUUCUAUAAUGAAGUUAACCUAAGGAAAUGUGAGCAUAACUGUGUAGCACCAGUGGGCAGCCUUCACCGUGAUGUCAGUCGCAGCCUUUUGGCAAGCAGCAGCUAUACAUGGAGAACUCUCUAUCUUGCAUCAAUUCAGCAUUCAGUGGGUUUGCAGAGUAAGUAUGAUUUAUGGAGCAAGAAAGUGAUGAACACGAGCAGAUAGGCACUCAAGUUUUUAUUAUACCACACAAUGUGGAAGUUGCACUCACUCUGCAUUCACAUGCCCUGAAUGUCAAAUACCUAAAGAUGCUCUUACUGAUUAUUUUGCAAGGCAACAGGUUGAAAUCCAGUUUUAGAGGUCCUAGUAUGUUUGUUUGACUAUGAUCUUUUGAUUACUUUCCCUGGAGCCACCUUCGUUUGCCCUGAUGUCACUAAAAGCAAGAUGAGAUGAGAUGAGAUAUACAGCAGAGUAAGAAUGAAGUCCUCAUCACUGUGGCUCCUUGAAUGGUGUGUGCAGACAGAAACCUUGCAGGAGCUGCAGUAUGCUUUCAGUAUGUUCCAAAGGGGAAAAUCUGAAACAUCCAAAUUUAAACUAUCCUUCCCUUCUCCUUUCCACAGCUGUUUUCUGCUCAUAAUUGCCAUGGAAGGGCUAAAGGUUGAAACAGGCACUUUAUAGCCUUUUGGUUCUGAGGAGCAUGUUUUUUUUCCUCCAUCCAAUAGCCUAUCCAACUUUAUUUCUUCUUUUCUCCCUUUUCCUUAUUUUGCCAAGAAGAGGGCAUUUAAACAGGAGUUAGACACUUAGCUGGUGUAAAUAGUCACCACUCUAGUGCCUCCUAAUAGAGCAGCAUCACUAACAUGCUGAAAACCUUCCCCUUAAUCUCCAGCAGAAGUUUGGGAGCAGGACCAUGUAGUGUUUCCAGCAUACACAGGUGGCAGAUGGCUCAAGAAGUCUUGUGCCUGUGGUUCACCUGUAUUUAACACAGUGCAUUUGAUUUCAUUUACGUCUUUCCAUUGACAACCUUUUUUAUUUUAGUGGAAAAGACAUUAAAAUUUCACUCACAAUGCGCACACUGUUCAGGAGUUUGCAAGUAUCAGUAUCAAUGUUCAGAGGGAAGCAUUUUUCUAGUAGGUGGUGUGUAGGCAUGUUGUAUGUGUAACUAGUGAGAAUGAGUUGGGUCUUUACCUUGGCAGCUUCUGCGAAGGAGUUGCAUUCAGUGAGCAUCAGGGUAGAGUUUCAUCAGUAAAGCCACAUUGGAAUGUGUUCCUCAGUGUCUGGACUUGCAACUGGAGUUUUUACCUCUGGCUCUGUCCAAUUUGAAAUUCACGGAGGAAGGAAAGAACAGAGAUGGAUGAAUUCCUACUGAUGAGAAUUCUCGAAGUAGCCCAGAUGAGAGAAGUCAAAAUAGAAAUGCAGUGUGAGAUGGGAACCUACAUUACAGCUACUGAUUUUAAUUUUUUUCUUUUUGAGGUUGGGAGGAUCAUUAUUUUCCUAUUGGAUCUCAUUCACCCAUUACUGUAAAACUAGAGGUAUGCAGCAAAGGAUUAGACACUUUUUAAACAGUAAGAUUUGUUUCUAAUACUACCUGCAUAGAGCAUGGUUGAAAUCAUGCCUACAUCUAUUAACCCCAACCAGACAGUGAUUUUUUCCUCUUGCUUCAGGAUCUAGUAUCUCAUGCUUUUGAAUUACAGUUUAGAGUCUUUUAAUCACAAAGUUGUUUGUGGUUUCACAUCUCCUCUCUGAUAGAUAUUGGUUCCAUUACCAUAUAAUGAGCAGCUAGUUUUGCAGUUAGCUCUGUGCUAAAGCAGAUUAUAUUUUCUGGCUCAGCUUCUUUAUAGGUAACACUUUAUAAUUAAAAUAGUAGUGCUAGUACUGUGGUCUUGUUCUACAUUGUAACAGGAGUCAUGGCUGCGUGUAGGCAUAUUAAACACCUGUUGUUACAUUAGGCUGUGCUGUCAUAGCAAGAUCUAAGCAGAUCCAGGCUCUUCCCUUUCUGUCUUCAUGCCGUGUCCGCCUCAGAUGUUUGUUUGAUCCACUUGUAAGACAAGCUCUGGACUGUCUGCCUUUCUAGAGUGUUGUGAGGCUUAAUUAAUGUUUUGGGAUCACUUCAGUGCACAAGCAGUAAAAAGAUCUGUCUAAUUGUUAUGCAAAUGUACUUGUGUUUAUUUUGGGUAAACCUUUCUAUUGAUCAUAUGAGUAAUCUCUAGACAAGAUGAGGCUGACUUUGGAGAAAGUCUAAAAGCCUCAACUGCUUUUUUUUUCUUGAGCUAUAGCUCUGUUAGAGGGGCAAAAGGCUUCAGAGUUGUUAGUGGCUGUGACUUGGCUUCAGGAGUGGCAGAUAUUAUGAUACACAAUCUUUCUACAGGCUGUGUUGUCAUUGCUGUUUCUGAGUGUGUCUCCAUCUUGCAAAACAAAGUCAGGCCCUCUUUUAAACUCUGUUACUUUUUUAUCUGUAAGCCAAGUGUAUGUGAAAAUAUAACUCAGUGCCAGAC